AAGAUUAAUACUAUACAAAUUUUUGUUGAAUAACAAUAAUUAUAAUAUAUAAGUAAAAGAAAAAGAAGAUAUAAUUCGUUGAACAUGACGCUAAAACACGUAGUUAUAGGUGGUGGUACAGGUUUUAUCGGAUCGCAAAUAAUAAGUUCGUUAUCUCAUAAAGGUGUUUCUUAUACAUGUAUUUCUCGCAUGCCUGGACCUAAUCGAAUGUCAUGGCAUGAUUUAGAAUGUCAUGGUUUACCUGAAAAUACAACUGCUGUAAUUAAUGUUGCUGGUCAGAAUAUUCUUGAUCCAAAACAGCGAUGGUCAGAAGGAUUUAAACAGAAUGUUAUAAAUAGCAGAGUAAAGACAACAAAAUCUUUAGCCAAAGCAAUAAUACAUACUAAAGCCGACAUUUUCGUGACAAUUUCUGGAGUAUCUUAUUAUAAACCAAAUGAUACAGAAUAUACUGAAGAAAGUAAAUGUGAACAGUAUGAUUUUUUAUCAGAACUUUGUCAUAAAUGGGAAGCAGCUGCUCAACUUCCAAAGGAUAGCAAUAUCAGACAAACUACAAUUAGAUCAGGAGUUGUAUUAGGAAAAACUGGUGGUAUGAUCAAACAAAUGUAUUUACCAUUUCUCCUUGGGUUAGGUGGACCUAUUAGUAGUGGAAAUCAAUAUAUGCCGUGGAUACAUGUAACAGAUUUGGUUAAUUUGUUUUUGUUCUCAAUUGAAAAUAAGAAUGUGCAUGGUAUAUUAAAUGGCGUUGCUCCUCAGAUAGUGACAAAUAAAGAGUUUACUAAAACCUUUGCAUCUGUAAUGCAAAGACCGUCAUUUAUUCCUGUACCACGCAUCAUUUUAAAUAGCUUGUUUAAUGAAGAACGUGCAAAAAUUAUGUUGGAAGGACAAAAGGUUAUACCCAAACGUGUCAAAGAAUUAGGUUUUCAAUACCAGUAUCCUGAUAUUAAUUCUGCUUGUAUUGAAGUUAUUCAAAAAAAUAAAUAG